UUCAAAUCUGGGCUUACCAGCGCUUCUCUCUCCUGCUCUCGCCCAUGGACGAGGAAUGACCACGGCGAGCUCCAAGAAGAAGGAAGCUAUGGCGGUGUGCGGCAGCCGCCGUGGGCUGCCAUACACGUGGCAAUGCAUCUGGGCGUUGGCGGUGGCGGCGUCGAUGAUCGUCUACUCUCUCGCAUUGUUCAAUGGCCCUUCCUCUUCCUCCUCCACCUCCUGCGCGAGGGAUCGCUCCAGCAGCAAUCGCGAGCUCGCGGCGGCGAGGAGCAGCGGCGGCCAUGGCGAUCACGAAUCGCUGUGGGAGUGGCGCGGGGAUUUGCGGCAGAUGGAGGCGGCGUGGAACCGGCUGUGCUUCGGCCCCAUCCAGGAACGCCUCCGGAUCGCGCUCUUCGUCAAGAAGUGGCCAGUCGGGGGCGUCCCGGGUGGCCUGGAGCGCCACGCUCUCACGCUCCACCGCAAUCUCGCCGCCAGGGGCCACGAGAUCCACGUCUACACCUCCGCCGCUGCUGGCUCCGACAAUCCGGAAGAGCUCCUGGACGAUCAACAGGAUCACGGAGAACGGGGGCUCUUGCAUGUCCACUUCUCCCGCCCCAACGCCGGCGGUGGAUUCGACUAUCACCGCGCCUGGGACCAAUUCCUCGCCGACAACUCCACUCAUCCGGGCGGAUUCGACAUCGUCCACUCGGAGAGCGUCGCGCUGCCGCACUGGAAGGCCCAGCUCCUGGGAUCCAACCUCGCCGCCUCCUGGCACGGCAUCGGCUACGAGAUCAUCCACUCGGACCUUGUCCAGGAUCUGGUACGCAAGCCCGGCGAGCCGCGGAGCGCUGACCUCCAGCGAUCGCUUGGCGAGCGCCUGACGCGCGUGGCGGACGAGAUCAAGUUCUUCCCCAGCUACCGCCACCACGUCGCCACCAGCGACUACGUGGGCGACGUCCUCCAGACCAUCUACGAGAUUCCGCUCCGGAAUGUCCACACCAUCCUCAACGGCGUGGAUGAGUCGCGGUUCCGCCCGAGCCUGGACGCAGGCUCGGCAUUCCGCCGCAAGUACGGCGUGCCGGUCAACGCCAGUCUCGUCUUCGGCGCCGCCGGUCGCCUGGUCCGCGACAAGGGCCACCCGCUGCUCUUCGAGGCCUUCUCGCGGAUAGCCGCGCGUCACCCCGGGGUGUUCUUGCUCGUCGCGGGCCACGGCCCCUGGGGCGACCGCUACCGCGAGCUCGCGCCAAAUGCCAAGACGCUCGGCCCCAUGGAUCCCGCCCACCUCGCCGACUUCUACAACGCGCUCGACGUCUUCGUCAAUCCGACGCUGCGCUCGCAGGGGCUGGAUCACACUCUCCUCGAGGCCAUGCAGUGCGGUAAGCCGCUACUCGCGACGCACUUCUCGAGCAUCACUUGGAGUGUGGUGGUGAGUAGCGACUUUGGCCAUACUUUCUCGCCCAACGUCGACUCGCUGGAGCAGGCUAUGGAGGCCGUGAUCGCGCAGGGCCGCGACACCAUGCGACGUAAAGGAGAGCUCUGCCGCGAUUAUGCUUCGCUUAUGUUCACGGCCACCAAGAUGGGAGCUGCGUACGAGCGCCUCUUCCUGUGCAUGAAGAACGAGAGUUACUGCCAGUAUCCGCUACCUGGAGACUGCCCGGUUGAGCCCAGCAAGUACUAGAACACGAUGUCAUGGAACUUUUUUAUUCGUUCUUUGUUUUAGAUCUCCAAGUUGUCCUCCACAAGCAAGCUUCCCUGUGAUUUAUUCCUUCCAGCCGAGCGUCAUGGCAGCAGCAAAGAUGUACAAUACGUGAUUGAUACACUUACAGAGCGGAGGAAUCUUAGAUCGUGUAUAGAAACA